AUGCUGCCCGGAAUCGAUUCUUACGCGUCUGAUUCAUCAUAUACCAGUGAACCAGCUCCCUCCACAGCUGGCCAUCCUACUGCAGACACUGAGUCCUCCGAGCCGUCACCACCACCGAUGCCUCUGCCCCCUCACAACCAACGCUUCCCAGACCCCGAAUCUGCGAUCAAUGCUAUCAAUGAGCUUGCGCAGCCAGCUGGAUAUGCCGUUAUCAAGGGACGCUCCAAGAAGACAAAAUCCGGGAUGCUAAAGAAGGUUGUUUUGUUCUGCGAUCGCCAUGGUGAAUACAAGCCAGCCUUAUCUGAUACCUCACGCAAGCGAAAGACUACCUCAUAUGCCAGUGGAUGCAAGUUCCAGGCUACCCUACGUCGUCAGCUAUUAGAUACCGAUACCAAUGCCAAUACUAAUGGCUGGAUCCUUACCGUGGAGAAUAUAGAGCAUAAUGGGCACGAGCCCUCAGAUGCAUCUACUCACCAAGUUCAUCGAAAACGUGAGAUGGCGCAACAGAUGGACGCUAUCAGAUCACAGCUUGAUGUUCAGAUACCUACACGCCACAUAAUGACUGCAACUCAGGCAAGGAAGCCAGACUCAUGUCUAAUAGACUGA